AGACCCCCCCCGGCGCGUUUUUCCACGGCUCCGCGGGCUUAAAAAGUUCCACAUCGCGGCAGAGAAGCACCGCGACUCGUCCAGCAGACAGCGCUGCGUCCCGGUGCGCGUCGCCAAACGAACGGCCUGCUCCCAGAACCGGGUCCUCCUCUUUAGGGAGAGGGAAAAAACGCCUGGUGGACUCGAAGAGGCGGCGGAGAAGUGGACCGAGCCGAGUCGGGCGUGGUAGCAGAGAAAAGUCAGCGUUGUUAGCGGAGGUCGAAGACGGAGCAGCCACGAUGUCGCUGUCGGUACCGCAGAACGGCGUGAAGGCGGACAACGAGCCCGUUAUCGAGCUGUUUGUGAAGGCGGGAAGUGAUGGAGAGAGCAUCGGGAAUUGCCCCUUCUCUCAGAGGCUCUUCAUGAUCCUGUGGCUCAAAGGAGUCGUCUUCAAUGUCACCACAGUGGACCUCAAGAGAAAGCCAGCAGACCUCCAGAACCUGGCCCCCGGCACGCAUCCGCCCUUCGUCACCUUCAACGGCGAGGUCAAGACUGACGUCAACAAGAUCGAGGAGUUCCUCGAGGAUGUCCUCUGCCCACCCAAGUACAUCAAGCUUGGUGCAAGGCACCCCGAGUCAAACACAGCUGGUAUGGACAUCUUUGCCAAGUUCUCGGCCUACAUCAAGAACUCAAAACCAGAUGCUAACGAGGCUUUGGAGCGCGGGCUGCUCAAGACACUGCAAAAGUUGGACGAGUACCUUCGCUCACCGCUGCCCGAUGAGAUUGACCACAACAGCAUCGAGGACGUCAAGGUCUCCAACCGCAAGUUCUUGGAUGGUAAUGAAAUGACUCUGGCGGACUGCAACCUGCUUCCCAAACUGCAUAUAGUUAAGGUGGUGGCAAAGAAGUACAGAGGUUUUGAUAUCCCCAAAGAGAUGACUGCUAUCUGGAAGUACCUGAACACUGCCUACACCCGCGAGGAGUUCAGCAACACCUGCCCCAGCGAGAAGGAGAUCGAGAUCGCCUAUGCGGAUGUAGCAAAGAGGCUGGUCAAAUGAGCCGCUCUGUCCUGGCCUUCCCUCGUCUCUCGUCACUCCCCCUCCACACUCACCCACACUCAUUAACCUCAGCAGCGGAGCUGAUGUGAUCAUUCACGAGAAAGAAGAAAAAAAAAAACACCAACAACAACAAAACAACUCUGGACUUCUUUUCCUUCUCUAAUGCAUGAACCGCUCCUCUUCAUUUUUUAUGAAGGUCUUUAGUUCAUACAUAAGAAUGUUGCAACAAACGUUCCACGUCUAUUUGCUUUAGAUUAUUAUUUUUUACUUGCUGAUGAAUGUUGUGAGGCGAUGGAGAAGCAGGCAGGCGUGUGUCAGUGCUUAUCAAUGUUAAUGGAGCCCCGUCAAACAUGCUCCUUGAUAAGUGACCUUGAAGCUGACCUUUCCUUUGCACAUAGGAGAACGGUCGCAAGCUGUUGUCAGUUCAGUCUCGUUGGUGUAAUGAUGAAGUCGCUCUUUCUCGGUUUGCUAUAUUAAUGAAGUUCGGACAGAUGUUUUGCUGGCUCGAGAGAAGUUAAACAGUGUUGAAGCUUCAGUGUUUUUGGUAUUUGACAGGUUUCAGUAGAUGCUGCAGCUAAUCCAAAAAUAAGUGGUUGACAUAUCAAGUAAAGAUGCUUUAUUUUCUGUUGAGCUAUUAAAAUAAAUCAAAGUAAGUGUAUUUGCAACAAAGGUCACCUGGUAUAAAUACUCUGAUUUCCUUGUUGCCUCAAAUGGGCAAAGAAACAUGUAGCUUAGCUCAGUAAAACCUCCUGUGUCAGAAGUAGGAAUUCAGGGAAGUGAAACCUGAUUUUGUAAGAAUUGUCCAUGCAUAUGUAGCCUCCUGAUCUUCAAUGUAACGACGCUCGUAUGUUAGCGUUACCCCUUUUCUUCUGUUCCCAAUCAUGAAGGACAGUCUUGGCCUAAGUUGUGCUCACUGUAGCAGCAGUUUGGAUCACUGUGGAUAAGAGAAGUCAAACAAAUGAAGACGCCCCACUCUCACCCUCUGUAGCACAAAAUGAAGGACUGUGAUGUGCAGUCAGUCUUCAGCGAAGGCAACGGUGCAUCCAAAUAUUUCAUCAAAGCGCUCUUCUUUAUGUAGACAAAUAAUCUAGUGAAUGAAUGUUAUGAUUCAGUAGCUCUUAAAGUGCUUUAGUGUUGAUAAAGCACCCCACCUCCCAUUUGCCAUAUUUCCAAACAUUUGUUAUGAAACAAAUUUGAUAAAAACAGGAAUUGUAAAUAUUUGUUUUGACUGCUCAGAAGUCCGUAUGUAAAUUUUAUACAUUUCAUUGGAUAUUUGAGGAGCACAGGCUGCUUUUUCUUUCCGUCUCCUUUCUGCCUUAUCUUUGUUCAUGUUUUCUCUCUGCGGAUGUUUGCAGGAAGUUUCCCAGAGAUAAUAUCAUUACAAAAGUGUGAAAUUGUACAAAUAAAAUAUCCAAGCUGUCAUUGCUUUUUUUUUAAUAACUGACUGAUUUCAAAAUAAACUUCUUAUUGACA